AUGCACGGCUUGUCAAUCAAAACCGUAACUGAUCUGAUCAGAGCACUGCCUGUUGGGUUUCUUACCCUAUUCUCAGAUGCCUGCUGCACUGCAACAAGUGAGCAAGAACUUUCAGGAGUACAGCUCCAAAGUAUGUCUAUCUCGAGUAGUAAGUCAACCAAUAUCUCAUCCCACUCAGCUCCCAAGCUCAGAGUUUUCAAGGACCCAGAUAGCCACUUUACUACUUUUAUGAAUGAUUCCAGAAUCUCUGAAAUAAUCGAUGAGUAUUUUGGAUAUCUGAAUCUUGACCAACAUGGGGACUAUCUAAGGAAUAGACAUGAGAUUCAUGAAGUUGUGGCAAUGAAACUGUACCGAAUUGUAAUCCAGCAGAAUGUGGAUUUCCAAGCAGGUACAAACUUUUAA